AUGUCUGAUACCCACUAUCUAAGUGAAGGUGGAAUCGAGGAGAAAGAACGGGAGUUGAGAGAAUUGAGGCACACCGGCAAAAUCAAAGAAUUGGAGCAUCGUCAAGGCUUAGAACAAACCGCACAAAUGAUAAAAAAGCUUGAACUUCAAAUUGAGGAGAUACGAUCGGCCUGGACUGUCACUGAGAUCGCUUAUGAAUCCGAAAGAUUCAUAAGAGAGCAAAAGGAAAGAGACUGGCAACGGCAGAUUGAGAUAUCGAAAGAAAAAUUAGCCCUUAUAGCGAAGGACACCAGAAUACCCAAUGUCGUCACGGAUUUGGCGAUACCGGAAGGAAAUCUUAAGAUUGGAUCAAAAUACAAUGAUGAGGGGGAUAUUUCGGCAUCUAUGGCCGUAGAUAUCAGCCAGGGGGAGCCUCAGGACAACCUCAAAUUGGACCAAGCAGCGGAUUUAACGCUCGAUACCGCGGUCGAAGAGGAGUCCAACAACAAGACCUCAUCCCUAAUAUUUAUUGAGCCUGGUCAAGCGGCUGAGCAGACUACUUCCCCGAUUCAGGACCCGGAUUACGGCUCACCUACUCAAAGUCAGAGCUUAGGUGAAGGUUCUACUAGCCAGGCGCUGAUGGAUACAGUCUCUUCUUUCCUACCCUUUAAAGUUACCGAAAGGGUGGCUAGGAUUCCACCAAACACUUAUAUGGAUGACGAAUUAUCAUCCUUUGCUUUAAAAUACUAUGUGGAUUUAAAUCCGCGCGAAGAAGGAGCAGAAAUACAAUUUAUCGACAUGGCUAAAGAACAACUUGACGAAAUUUCAAACGACCUGGACACCGCUUCGGAAAGAGAUCCCGAAGACACCUGGCUUCUUAGUAUUAUAUACUACUAUAAAUUUUUGAAAACCGGAUCGUUGGAUGAUAUACAAAGCGCCAUAAAAGGAACCGAGGAGGUGCUGUUAGACAUGUGUACACAAGUCGAUGACCCAGAUUAUGCUUUCUAUCUGAAAAGCCUUAUUACAAUGCUGAUGCAAAAGUAUUGGUGUACGGAUUCGAUUGCUGACCUAAAUCAAGCUAUCAUACGGGGAGAAGAGAUGCUAACAAUGGGGCAUCACGAUUACUUGAGCCAACUUCUGGACCUGAUGAAGAUGAAGCGAAUAAAAGCUUGCAAAACGGGCAGUUAUGAAGAGGUUGAAGAGAUGAGGGUUAUUUGUGACACAGUUCUCAUAGAAAAGAACCUUGACAUCGUAAUGAACUGUAGUUUGGCAAAAUACUUCAAAACAAGGGAUGUCAAGAACUUGGAGUCUGCUUUGGAGGUAGCCGGCUCUCAAAAUCAUCCGAUGAAAGCAGUCCUUUUAUUCACGUUAUCUACCUUCUUCAAGGACGAAUUUGAUCAGACUGCCGAUUUCGACGACCUGAAAACCGCGAUCAAGAGAGGAGAGGAGGCACUGGCUUUGAACCAUCAUGAUAAUAAGCUAGUGAUCGAGAUGUCGCACCACAUUGCACGACUAUAUGUGAGCAAGUUCAAAAUAACAGACGAUCUUAACGAUCUGGAAAUAGCGAUUAAAAGAGUAGAAGGAGCGAUAGACCCGAACGCUGCUUACAGCGCAAAUGGCCUUUUAGCCGACUUGUUGGAGACUAAAUUCGACCGAACAGGCAAUCUUGAAGAUUUGCUGGCAGCGGUUGGCAGAGCGGAAGAUGCGGUAGCAGCCGAACGGAACUCUAUAGAGUUAGGCAAUAUCGAAGGAAAAGCACAUCGACUUAACACUCUAUCCGUUUUGCUCAGACGAAAGUUUUUAUACAGCAGAGCCGAAAAACUCGAUGAUUUGGAAAGGGCUAUAGCAGUAGCCGAAGAAGGUAUAGAGGUUCUGAUUUUCGACGAAGCGGCAAAAAAGACUCGCCUCUACAACCUGGGUGGUCACCUUCUGACUCUAUAUCAAAAAACUGGCAACCUGAACGAUUUAACUAGGGCGAUCGAUUCUGCCCAAAAAGCCCUAGAUCUAGCCCUGAUGAUUGAACCCAAAGAUGACGCAUCUUUAGGUGCAAUACAAGGUCUUCUAGCCGUCUGCUUUUGGGAAAUGUUCAGCCGAACCGGCAAUCUCGAGGAUCUACAGGCGGCCAUCAGCAUAAUCGAAAAGUCCAUACACGUAACAAAUCAAGGUCUAGAUGCGGCGCCAUUGAACCGUCUCAAUCUCAGCACUAUGCUGGCCACUAGAUUUAUGCAAACUGGUAGCCUCGACGACUUGCAAACUGCCAUCAAAAUACUCGAAGAAGCUAUGGAGAUACUACCGCACAGCGACCUAGACAGACCCCGGUACCAAAGCAACCUAAUUACUCUCUUGGAGACCAGGUAUCGUCGUGUAGGUAAUCUUGACGAUAUUCAGAAAGCCAUCAGUCUAGGGCAAGAAGAUUCCCCUACAAUACAAGGCCACCCUGGCAGGCCGAUGAUGCUCGGUAACAUAGCUAAUUGCUAUCGACACCGAUACCACCAGACUAGAGUCUUUGAAGACUUGGAAAUUGCGACCAAAACAAUCGAGGAAGCAAUUGCCAUGACACCGAGCCCCUUUGGAAGAGCGUCUCUUCUUCCCGUGCUAAUGGAAGCCUUUCUACAAAAGUUCAAGAUUACCAACAAUCCCGACGAUUUGAAUAGAGCUCUUGAGGUGAGUCAAGAGUGUAUAGCAGCAACACCCGAUGAUCACUAUGGAAAAGCAGAACGUUUAUUUAAUCUGGGGCAAUGUGUAAUGACCAAAUUUUUACAAAAUCCUGACAUAACAUAUUUUGAACGAUCGAUUUCAGCUUUUGAAGAAGCUGCGCAAAGCUCUAACGCCAAUAUACAUGUAAGAAUCUCUGCAGCACAUCGAGCGGGGGGUAUACUAGCCGUAGCAAAAAACUGGACUAAGGCAGCUGAAAUGAUCGAAAUUGGCGUGAGAUUGCUCCCACUGGUUACCCCACGUCAGCUAAAACAACAGGAUCAACAAGACAGAGUCAAAGAGUUCACUGGCUUGGCUUCGGAAGCCAGUUCUAUUGCUCUUUCGGCUAACAAAGACGCAAAACAUGCGCUGCAAUUGCUGGAAUUGGGAAGAGGGAUCAUCACCAGCCUGCGAUUUGGCAAUAGAUCUGACAUAACUGAGCUUAAAAUGCAGCAUCCAGAGCUGGCAGAUAACUUCGAACGACUGCGGAAUCUACUUGAUUCACCAGGCCCUUCCAAUUUAUCUCAUCUUGGCAGCAUUAAGGAUAAUUUCGAUAACUCCAAUCUACCAAACAACCCUGAUACCUGGGACUUACGUCAAAGACAGAAAAUGGACCAGCUCAAUGAUGCAAACAUAGAAUUCAACAAGAUCGUGAAUCAAAUCCGCCCUCUCGCAAACUUCGAAAACUUCUUACUGCCUCCAAAAGCAGAAGAUUUGAUUGCUGCAGCAUCUGAUCUAGGAACCUUUGUUGUGAUCAACACUAGCCGAUACCGCUGCGAUGCGUUUAUCGUCGAUAAAAACGGUAUACGAUCACUGCACCUUCCGAAGUUGCAGCAAGAAGAUAUAGAAAGCAAAGUCAACUCCAUACGAUCGAUUCGUUCAACCCAGUAUCCUUCCUCAAUUAUUCUGAAGCAAAUUUUUGAGAUACUGGAGUGGCUUUGGGAUGUUGCGGUUUGUCCUAUUCUGAAUUUUCUGGGAUUCACUAGUCAGCCUCCUCUGUCAAUUCACGAGGACAAUUGGCCACAUGUGUGGUGGAUUCCAACUGGCCAAUUAAGUCUGUUACCAUUACAUGCUGCUGGACGUUACUCGCGAGGGUCUACGGAAACUACGCUCGACAGAGUAAUCUCAUCAUACAGUUCCUCUAUCAAGGCACUUAUUUAUUCUCGAUAUCGCCAAAAUCCACAAGAUGUUAAAGAUAUUGCGCUGGCGGAAAGUCCGAAGGAGGAGAAUAGAGAAAUCAUACUUGUAUCGAUGGAUGAAACACCAGGGCAAUCAGAUCUUAGUUAUGUUAGCCAGGAAAUCAGCAUGGUUGAAGGGUUACUCCACGACGAUAACACGGCUAAGACAAUCAGGCUGGAACGACCAUGCAAAAAGGACGUUCUAGAAAAAUUGGCUCAAGGGGGCUGCAAAAUCUUCCAUUUUGCAGGCCAUGGACAAUCUGAUCCCACAGACCCUUCACAAAGUUCGCUACUUGUUAGUGAUUGGAAACAAAAUCCUCUGACGGUCGAAGAUUUGAUGAAAUUAAAUUUGAGACAGAGUUUUACGGCUCCGUGGCUUGCAUUUCUUUCCGCUUGUUCGACUAACGACAAUAACAUCGAUCAGUUACAGGAUGAAUCUAUAAAUCUUGUUACAAGCUGUCAGCUUGCCGGGUUCCAGCACGUCGUUGGGACGUUAUGGGAGGUUUCUGAUGAACAUUCAGUUUACGCAGCAGAAGAAGUUUAUAAAAUCAUUUCAAAGGCAGGGGACCAACCAACUGGCAAUGGUGGAGCUUUGAACGGGAGGAGCGUUGCACUAGGUGUACAUAGGGCUUCUAGACGUCUCCGGGAAAUAACGACCCAGAAGUACAAAGCGCGAGAUAAACUUACGGAGCUCGAAACUCCCCCGAUAUUAUCUUUCGAUGUUGAGGAUGAGGUCUGCGAAACUGGUUUCAAGGGAUCUCCGGAACCCUCUAGAGGGCCGGAUGGUGAGGAAUGUGGAACAAGAGCUAAUAGGCGUCUCCGCCCCUUCGGUUUUGAAGAACUAGAUGAUAACAUGCAGAAAAGCAAUCCGCUUAUCUGGGCUGCUUAUAUUCAUGUUGGGCCUUAA